ACGGACCGCCGUGGAGAGACCCGGAGCUUCGGGCGGUGCCAGGCAGACGGCCCUUUCCUCGGGCCCCCGCCUGGUACCAGGAGGCCCCCCAGCAGGGGGACUGCGCCUGGAAGCUGUAAUGGAGGCCCUGCAGAGGCAGCAGGCAGCACGGCUGGCCCAAGGGGUGGGGCCCUUGGCCCCUCCACGCCUACCGCUCCCACAGCCUCCUCUGCUUGGCGCCCGGACCCUACAGGCUCCUGAGGGGGCUUUAGGAGUGGUUGGGGCUGAAGAAGAGGAGGAUGCUGGAGAUGAGGAGGGAGAGACACCUUUAGCAGAAGAGGAGACGGCUGAGCAGAGCCAUCCAGGAGCCCGAUGUCCCAACUCACCUUCCAGCCAGUCCCCUGGAAUCCAACCACAUGAGUGGACCUACGAGGAACAGUUCAAGCAGCUGUAUGAACUCGACGCGGACCCCAAGAGGAAGGAAUUUCUGGAUGACCUGUUUACCUUCAUGCAGAAGAGGGGGACUCCAGUGAACCGGGUACCCAUCAUGGCCAAACAGGUGCUGGAUCUGUAUGCGUUGUUUCGCUUAGUGACAGCCAAGGGAGGUCUGGUGGAAGUCAUCAACCGAAAAGUGUGGCGAGAAGUCACACGUGGCCUCAGUUUGCCCACCACCAUCACCUCUGCCGCCUUCACUCUACGUACCCAGUACAUGAAGUAUUUGUACCCAUACGAGUGCGAGACGCGGGCACUCAGUUCCCCAGGGGAGCUCCAGGCUGCCAUAGACAGCAACCGGCGUGAGGGCCGUCGCCAGGCUUACACCGCGGUCCCGCUCUUCAAUUUAGCAGGGCCCACACCUCGGGGCGCUCCUGGUCCCUCCUCGAGUCAUGGCCCCGCCCCGACCGCAACCCCGAACUGCCCAGGUCCCACUCAGGGUUCUGCUUCUGGCCUACCAGCGCACGCUUGCGCUCAACUGAGCCCGAGCCCAGUAAAGAAAGAGGAGAGUGGAAUACCACCCCCUCGUCUGGCACUACCUGUGGGUUUGGCCUUGGAGGCUGCACGGGAGAAGAUGGCACCGGAAGAGCCUCCAGAAAAGAAGGCUGUGCUGAUGGGUCCCACGGACCCACCUCGAUUGGGAGCACCCCCCAGUUUCCUACCCCGUGGCAAGGCUCCCCUAAGGGAAGAACGGUUGGAUGGGCCCCUCAAUCUGGCAGGCAGUGGCAUCAGCAGUAUCAACAUGGCGCUAGAGAUCAAUGGGGUGGUCUACACUGGUAUCCUCUUUGCUCGACGCCAGCCUGUGCCAGCUUCCUUAGGUCCAACCAAUCCUCCACCUCCACCCUCUACAGGGCCCCCUUCCAGCACCUUGCCAUGAAAGCAGCUACCAAGAACUAAGAGUCCCAAUAUCAUUGAUUAGGGGGAAGAAGGCACCCUCCUACCUUGAUUCUACUCUGGGAUCCAGCCCCGGGAGAUGUCAGCAUGCCACUUCCACACCAAAGGGGUUUAUUAUUAAGUUCCAUCUACCUCACUGUAAGAGGAGGACACUGCCUCCCUAGCUAAUCCCAGCAGCAUUUACCAAAGAGUUUCCCCCCCAAUAACCCCUAUCAUCCCCUCAUGUGACCCCUAUGUCGAUGUCACCUUUGGUACCCCACUUCUUUGAGUCAACUCUGCUCCUUUUCAGGAAGCAGAUGAAGGAUUGGAUUUGAAUGUGAAGAUGUCCCUUGGGUUGCAUCUGGAAAAUAAAGUUGUACUUCC